GACAUUACAUGUCAGCAAUUUAAGUUUAACCACAAACCUAUUAUUAGAAUGUUUUUAAUGCAAAGCCUUCUCUAUACCAUUCAUCUCUUUUAUCUCUCUUGUCUCUCUGCUGUGUCCUACAACUCACGUUGCGCGUUCCCUAAGCAAUCCAACGCCAUGAUGUUACCACUAGUAUCUCUCCUCCUUCUCCUCUCCACAUCAACUCAAGGCCUUUUGGAUUCUGAGACUAUCCUAAAGUUCAAGAAAUCGCUAGUUGUUGGGAACGCAAACGCGUUGGCCUCAUGGAAUGAUAAAGAUUCUCCAUGCACUUGGGCUGGUGUCUUGUGUAAUAAAGGCUCUAUAUGGGGUCUGCAGAUGGAGAAUUUGGAGCUUUCUGGUUCUAUAGACAUUGAUUCAUUGGCUAGUUUGACAUCUUUGAGGACUUUAAGCUUCAUGAACAAUAAGUUUGAAGGACCAUUCCCGGAGUUCAAGAAACUCUCUGCCCUGAAGUCACUUUAUCUGUCGAACAAUCAAUUCGGAGGAGAGAUACCUGGAAAUGCAUUUGAAGGUAUGGGGUGGUUGAAAAAGGUUUAUUUAGCACAUAACAAAUUUAUCGGUGAAAUUCCAAUAUCCAUGGCCAAAUUGCCCAAGCUUUUAGAACUGAGACUCGAAGGGAACCAAUUCACGGGAGAAAUACCAGAGUUUGAACAAAAGCUGCACAUUUUAAACCUGUCAAACAAUGCAUUAACGGGUUUAAUCCCUGAGAGUUUCAGCAUGAUGGAUCCAAAGGUGUUUGAAGGUAACAAAGGCUUAUGUGGAAAACCGCUUGAAACAGCUUGUGAUUCUCAUAUUAAUGAACUUCCUCCAGCACAACUUGAGGCUCGUCCCAAAUCAUCAUCAAGGACACCUCUUGUUAUAACUGCAUUAGUCACUGCGCUUACAGUAGUCAUAAUCAUUGGAGUAAUCAUCUUACUUAAUCGAAACUAUAGGAAUAAACAACCACUUUUGGAAGCAAAAACCAUACCAACAAGUUUACAGAAGAAAACCGGAAUCCGAGAACCGGGCCAAAGCCAUAGAGAACGGCAACAAUCUAGCCAUCAGAAUGGAUCAAGCACCAGUAAGGGGAUGGCUCCAGCAGCUGGAGUGGAGAACACAAAACUUUCAUUCUUGAGGGAUGAUGGGGAAAAAUUUGACUUGCAAGAUCUAUUAAAGGCUUCGGCUGAGAUACUUGGAAGUGGAUGUUUUGGGGCAUCCUAUAAAGCAGUGCUAUCAAGUGGAGUAUUAAUGGUGGUAAAAAGAUUCAAGCAAAUGAACAAUGCUGGGAGAGAUGAAUUUCAAGAGCACAUGAAAAGACUUGGGAGAUUAAAGCACAAGAAUUUGCUUUCUAUUGUUGCUUAUUACUAUAGAAAGGAGGAAAAGCUAAUGGUAUGUGAUUUUGCUGAGAGAGGAAGCUUGGCUGUAAAUCUUCAUGGUAAUCAGUCGUUAGGAACACCAAAUUUAGAUUGGCCAACAAGAUUGAAGAUUGUGAAAGGAGUUGCGAGGGGGCUAUCGUCUCUCCACCAAGAUCUACCUAGCCUAAUGGCUCCACAUGGUCAUCUCAAAUCCUCCAACGUUCUUCUCACAAAAACAUUUGAACCACUUCUCACAGACUAUGGCUUAAUCCCGGUGAUCAACCAAGAAAAGGCACAAGAGCACAUGGUGGCAUAUAAAUCACCAGAGUAUGUGCAACACCGGCGUGUAACCAAGAAAACCGAUGUAUGGGGACUUGGCAUACUCAUCUUGGAGAUCUUAACAGGAAAAUACCCAUCCAAUUUCGUGCAAGGAGGUAACAAGAGUGAGGAGGAUUUAGCAAGUUGGGUGAAGUUGAGUUUCAAAGGGGUAUGGUCAUCAAAUUUGUUUGAUAAGGAGAUGGGAAAGACAAACCAUUGUGAAGGACAGAUUCUCAGACUCUUGAAGAUCGGAUUGAGCUGUUGUGAACCAGACGUUGAGAAAAGGUUGGAUAUAAGAGAGGCUGUGGAGAUGCUUGAGGAGUUGAAGGAGAGGGAGGGGGAUGACGAUGACUUCUACUCAACAUAUGUGAGCGAAACUGAUGGGAGGUCAUCUAAAGGAGUUUCAAGCGAGAGCAUUAACAUGUAGUAAGAAGAGAGAAGAGGUCGGAUUUGUGCUGUAUAAAACAAAUUGAGAAUCAAUUGAUGUAUGGACAUUUUACCUAUGGAACUGAAGUAGAUGAAAAUUGGACUUGUGUUAUAGCAUAUAAUGCAUAUGCAACAAACAUGAUACACAAAUGUAUGAAUUUUACAAUUGUUUGUUUCAUCUCUCUGUAGAUUAUGUCAUGGAUUUUUGACAUAUUUUAUCAUAUAUGGCAUGUAAAUAGAACCUACAACACAUACUCAUGUACUUCCAAUAUGAGAAUGCUCGUGAUAAUUGAACAUAAACAAUAAAAUCAUUAUCAAGGCUAAUAAUAUAUCUGCAG